CAGCAGCAGAGGAGCUGUCGUGGGAAGAAAACCCCCUUUUAAAAUGUAAUCUCCCUGGAAAGUGCCAUACAGCAGUCAUUGUUUUGCACGGGUAGUUACCACAUGUGCUCAUAAACAGUGACACGGGUUAGAAUGAUUACAUCGAGUUAAAAACAAAACCAUAAAAAGAGAAUGCAAUAAACACGCAGCAUGGGAGGAAGAAUGGAAAGUCUGCCUUAAAUUCUAGCUGCACUACCUUAAAUGCUGGUCAUUCUGGGAAGGGGGAGGAGUUCUAAAUACAGACACAAGGCCGGGGAAUAGCGUCUCUCUCAGAAGCUGCGAGAUAAAGCGGAGAGUCGACUCAAGAGCCAGGUGAGCAAGACGGCUUCCUAAGCACUCGAGUGUUAGUGAUCCUGCCUGCUAGGCCAGCUGCUCAGAAGUGUUUUUCGGCUGUGUGAUACGGAAUAAAGAUGGACGUGCAUUCCAAACUGGAACGCAUGGCAGUCUUUUUGUGGGAGUGUCAGUUGAGAGGGAGAAGUCGACAAGCAGCAUGGGAGAGAACAAGUUUGUGCUACGCUGCUUGUCAGCUUGAACCAUACACAUUGCUACUGAAGCAGUAAUCUUGCAGCCCUCAGCCUCGCUACUCUACAGAUGCGCUGGAGUCAUGUGCAGCCUGCUUUUUUGAUUUGCUGUGAACCGGUACAGUAGUAUUCAGCAACUGUCUUCCACACGGUUCCAACCAGCCUUGCAUCCUUCAAGGGACAACUAUCAAACAGUCAAAAGAUACUCAUUUCUCUGAGCUGGGCAGAUAAUGACAGACCUUUUCUUGGGGUUCCUUUUCAACUGCUUUAAUCUAGUCCAUCUGCAAAAUGAAUAUAUCAGCAGUGUUCAGUGCGCUGCUUGUGUCCAUCAUGGCUGCAGUGUUGUGGAAGCAUGUCAAGUUAUUGGAUCAGUUCUAUGUGAUUGAGGAAGAGCUGGAACUGACUCGACAGUCUCAAGAGUUGUCUCAAGUACGCAUUGACUAUCAGGCAGCAUUGCAAGCACUAGUGGAGGAUGGCACCAGAAUGGUGUGUUCUGGUAGGAUGCAUACAGACCGCGUUUGUCGUUUUGAGUCACUUUGCUACUCUACAGAGGCCGAAGAGUUUGUCUUCUUCCAUAGUAACGCCUCAAUUAUGUUGCCCAAUUUGGGCCCAAGACGUUUUCAGCCUGCAUUGCUAGACUUGUCUUCAGUUGAUGACCACAACACACAGUAUUUUAACUUUAUAGAGCUUCCAGCUGCUGCUUUAAAAUUUAUGCCUAAGCCUGUCUUUGUACCAGACGUUGCACUGAUCAUGAACCGAUUUAACCCUGAUAACUUAAUGCAUGUUUUUCAUGAUGACCUUCUCCCUAUUUUCUACACUAUACAGCAGUUCCCAGACCUAGACUUUGAAUCUAGACUUUUCUUUAUGGAAGGAUGGAAUGAAGGCUUGCAUUUUGAACUUUAUAAGUUCAUGAGCAACAAGCAGCCCCUCUUAAAAGAGCAGCUGAAAACCCUAGGCAGGCUUCUUUGUUUCACUAAAUCUUAUGUGGGCUUAUCAAAGAUCACCACAUGGUAUCAGUAUGGUUUUGUCCAGCCACAAGGUCCAAAAGCGAACAUACUGGUGUCAGGAAAUGAAAUUAGACACUUUGCAAAAUUCAUGAUGGGCAAAUUGAACAUAACUUUAGAUCAAAAUGCAGCAGAAGCAUAUAUUGUCUUGUUUAGUCGAUCAAUGAACCGACUCAUUGUAAACGAGGCAGAGCUGCUCUUGGCUCUUGCUCAGGAAUUUCAGAUGAAAACGAUAACUGUUUCCCUUGAAGACCAUUCAUUUUCAGAUAUUGUCAGACUCCUCAGCAAUGCAACCAUGCUUGUUAGCAUGCAUGGUGCACAGUUAGUCACAUCUCUCUUUCUACCAAAAGGGGCUGUUGUGGUAGAGCUCUUCCCAUAUGGUAUAAAUCCUGAACACUACACUCCAUAUAAAACACUGUCCACACUCCCUGGUAUGGAACUCCAGUAUGUUGCCUGGCAGAAUACUGAAGAGGAAAAUACGAUCACUUAUCCUGACCGACCAUGGGAACAAGGUGGGAUUGUGCACCUGGAAACAAAAGAGCAGGAACGCAUAAAGAAGAGCAAGGAAGUACCGCGUCACCUCUGUUGCCGCAACCCUGAGUGGCUUUUUCGGAUUUAUCAGGACACGAAAGUCAACAUUUCUUCUCUAAUUCAAGUGAUCAAAAGUACUGUGAAAACAAAACUUGGAUUGAGGAGACAAAAAUGGACACCAGGUCUGUAUCCUGGAAAAGUGCGGGAAUCAAAGUGCCAAGCAUCUGCCCAGGGUACAAGUGAGGCCAAGCUGUUUGUGUCUUGGCAGAUCCCCUGGAAUCUCAAGUUCCUGAAAGUAAGGGAUGUUAAAUAUGAAGUAUGGAUUCAAGAACAAGGGGAAAACUCUUAUAUGCCUUAUAUCUUAUCUCAACAAAACUACACUUUUUCUGAAAAUAUCAAACCUUUUACAACUUAUUUGGUGUGGAUCAGAUGCAUUUUCAACAAGACCCUUCUUGGACCCUUUGCAGAGGUUUUAGUGUGCAGUACAUAAGCUCCAAUACCAAGCCUUGUUUAUUAGAUUUCUUUUUUCCUGCGUCGGGAUGGGCUCACUAAAAACACGGAGUGUAGGUCAUUUUAGCAUUUUCAAAUGAAAUAAAGGUGCAGUUCAAUAAACUGCUACAAGUUAAGUUAAACAUUUUAGUAACUUAUUAUAGAUUUUGUGGUAUUUAUCUAAAACUGGGUGUCAUGUUGAUAAAUUGCUGGAUGUACAUAAUGUAUAUGUUGUAAUUUAAUGCCUUUAUAUGUAAAAAAAAAAAGGUUUACAGGUUAUUUGUAUUUCAAUGUGGCUAAUGUGAACAACUGAUUAAAGCUUUAGCUCUUUCCCUUGUAAUAGUCAUGCGGAUGUACUGAUUGUGAUUAUUUGUCUCUCCGCAGCUUUGAUUAACUGUUUGCCAGAUUUCAUUACAAAUCUUUUUUUUUCUUUCUUGAA